UCACUGUCAUCUUUUCCCCAACUGAAUCGAGAGACUGCAAAAGACGCCUCAUGUUUCCCUUCAACUUCUUCAAGCCAUCGUGCGCUCUACCCUCCAUCUUGCAUGUCUUCAUGUCACUGCCUCCUGCUAAUGCCGUUUACCCGAAUCCCAGCCACUACUAUUGUCAAGCUGUACCAUUCUAUCCUUCUCUCGGAUCCUUUUUGUGCCAGGCAUCUUCAGCACGAUUUGUAUGACCCCUCAUCAGAUGCUAUCGGCAUAGCAUUCGUCAUCUACCAGAACAUCAAAUAA